AAGACUUCUGCUUGGAGAUCCUCCGUUUGUCGCGCGCUGACUCCUGGACACGAUGCGCACGCAUGUCCUGCUGCUGCUCGCGCUGCUGGCGGGCGCUGUCAGAGGCGCGCGGGAGAAAUCGCAACUCGGGACGGUUGACCGACUCAGGACGAAGAGGGAGAUUCCUACGGGCGUCGCGCUCCGGAACACUGGGAGCUCCAUCUACAAGAGGAGCCAGGACGCCACCAAAGUCUCCAUCACCAAGUCGGACCAGCUGCUGAGUAUUGGCGACCAUGACUUCACCAUGCGGCCCAACUUCGGAGGGCCGGCCGUCCCGGUGGGGGUGGACGUCCAGGUGGAGAGUCUGGACACCAUUUCAGAGGUGGACAUGGACUUCACCAUGACUCUGUACCUGCGGCACUACUGGAAGGACAGACGUCUGUCCUUCCACAGCUCCACCAACCAGAGCAUGACCUUCGACGGGCGGCUGGUGAAGAAGAUCUGGGUGCCCGACCUGUUCUUCGUCCACUCCAAGCGCUCCUUCACCCACGACACCACCACAGACAACGUCAUGCUGAGGGUGUUCCCCGACGGAAAGGUCCUCUACAGCCUCAGGGUGACCGUGACCUCCAUGUGCAGUAUGGACCUGAGCUGCUUCCCCCUCGACACGCAGACCUGCUCCCUGGAGAUCGAGAGCUACGCCUACACCGACGAUGACCUCAUGCUAUACUGGAAGGAGGGCAACGAGUCGCUGAACACCGACGACCGCAUCUCCCUCUCCCAGUUCCUCAUCCAGGAGUUCAGGACCUCCUCUAAGCUGGCCUUCUACAGCAGCACAGGCUGGUACAACCGCCUCUACAUCAACUUCACCCUGCGGCGCCACAUCUUCUUCUUCCUGCUGCAGACCUACUUCCCUGCCACCUUGAUGGUGAUGCUCUCCUGGGUGUCCUUCUGGAUCGACCGCCGCGCCGUGCCCGCCCGUGUGCCGCUAGGUAUCACCACGGUGCUCACCAUGUCCACCAUCAUCACGGGGGUCAACGCCUCCAUGCCGCGGGUCUCCUACAUCAAGGCGGUGGACAUCUACCUCUGGGUCAGCUUCGUCUUCGUCUUCCUCUCGGUCAUCGAGUACGCCGCCGUCAACUACCUGUCGACGCGGCAAGAGAGGAGGGAGCGGCGGCUCAGAGAGCAGCUGCCCUGUACCUGCGAGGCGCCGCGGCCCGGCGGUCCUACAGGGGGCUACGGCGAGGCGGCUGGACGCUUCGGGCUGAUGGCGUCGCUGGGGAACGGCGUGAAGCAGCGGGAGACGGUGCUGCUGCAGCUCGCCAUGGAGCGCGACCAGCUGGGCGGUCAGGUGAACGACCAGGUGACUGGUCACGUGACCUCCGGCGGCUACGAGAGCACCUGGGUCGACACGCACAUCAUUGACUCGUACGCCCGGGUGCUGUUUCCGGGCUCCUACGUGCUCUUCAACAUCAUCUACUGGUCCAUCUACUCCUAACCCCACCUACUGCUAACCCCACCUACUGCUAACCCCACCUACUGCUCACCAGGACUGCUGAGACCUUCUCCACAGGAGCAGCUAGGGGUUACAGAGACAGGUCAUUAAGGAGCAGGUAGGGGUUAGACAGUACAGAGACAGGUCAUUGAGGAGCAGGUA